CAUUAUUACAACAUUAUGACAGAGUAUUGGGCAAUAGAGAACAAAGGGCCGCCGCGGAGGGCGUGCCGGGUAAAGGUUGAGGAGGAGGAGCAGGAGGAGGAGGAGCUCACCGGGCUCCACCGGGAGCACCCGAGGAGCUCCGACAGGCGGACCGGAGGAGCAGCGGGAGGUGGAGGAGCAGCGGGAGGUCCAGGUCUGUGGUUCCAGGUCCAGGUCUGUGGUUCCAGGUCCGGUCUGUGGUUCCAGGUCUGUGGUUCCAGGUCCAGGUCUGUGGUUCCAGGUCUGUGGUUCCAGGUCUGUGGUUCCAGGUCCGGUCUGUGGUUCCAGGUCCGGCCCCACAUGGAGGCCCCGGGCGCCGCUCUGCCCUGCGGUCACAUCUCCUGCCUCCAGACGCUGGCCGAGGGCCCGGACCGGCACAGCUGCCCCGAGUGCCGGGCCCAGUACCGGGGGACCCCGGCGCCGGUGAAGAGCCUCAAGCCGAGCGGCAUCGUGGAGACCUCCGAGGCCGGGAAGGUCCGAUCGGCCGGCGGCCAUUCUGACGCGGGCGAACCGAACUCCGACCGCCACCAGGCGGCGGCGGCCGGACCGAGCCUUCGGACCGGUUCUACGGGCGAGCCGGACUCGGCGGACCCUAAAUUCCGCUUGGCGUCUCAAAUCACGGAGUUGAGCCUCCGGCUGGAGGCGGCGGAGAGCGCCCUGAGGACGGAGCGGCGCCGCGAGGCGGCGGCGACCGCGGCCAACGCGCGGCUGACGGAGGAAGCCGGCGGCCUCGCGGAGCGGCUGGCCGAGCUGACGCGGAGCUACGCGCUGAGGCUGGAGCGGCUGCUCGGCGAGGAGCUCGGGCCGGGCGAGGCCGCCGGCGCCGCCCGACUCGCUCGCGCUGCCGAGGUCACGGAGCGGCUGAGGCGGGCGCUGCUCCGGGCCGAGGCCCUCCUGACCGUGGACGACGAGGCGGCGUUCGGGGACGAGCUCCGGACUCUCGGGCCGCACAUCGGCGAGCUGCUCGCGGCGCCGGCGGGAGACGAGGACGACGAGGACGACGAGGACGCCGGCGCCGACCGCGUAGAACCGAAACUCGACCGCGCCCGCGCCGGUCCCAAGCUGGAAAAGAUGAACGCCGACUUCAGGGAAAAAUCCGGGGAGAUCCAGCGCUCCCUCCGGAACGCCCUCAACCCCUCGGAGGUGACCUUUGACCUCGAGACGGCCCACCCCAACCUGGUGCUCUCGGGCGACUUGAAGACGGUGACCUUCAGCGCCGCCAGGCAGCCCUACCCGCCGUCUCCCCGCCGCUUCGCCAACUUCCUCCAGGUGCUCAGCGCCCAGAGCUUCCACCAGGGGGAGCACCGCUGGGAGGUGGAGCUGGACGGCGCCCCGUGGGUCUUCGGCGCGUGCCACGCCGCGGCGUUGCCGCGCGGCGGGCUGCCCUCGGCCCUGGAGAGCAGCCGCAGCUCCUGGUGCCUCAUGUGGUUCGAGAACCUGCUGACGGCGUUCGAGCGCGGCCACGCCGUGCCGCUGAAGAAGACCUCGGUGGCCCGCCGGCUGGAGGUGCGGCUGAGCUUCAAGACCCACCGGCUGAGCUUCUACAACGUGAGCGCGCUCAGCGGGACCACGCACGUGUACACCUUCAAGGCCCUGAGCGCGCCCGUGCACCUCGCCUACCGGAUGAUGGCGGGCGACCCCAAAGGACGCGUCACCGUUCACUAAUAGUCACGAUUUAGAAAUCGGCUGGAAACCGUUCGUAAAUACAGGGGAAUCAUAUUUUUUAAAGCUUGUUUUGCUUGAUAAUUUAAAGAAGACACAGAAUCUGAUCACCAAAUUACUCCUGCUGGUAUUGUGAAUGCAUUGUGUGGUAAUAUGACAUGAAAUAAUAACAUAAAUGGGACUUAAUUACUAUCUGAAACAGUUUUCAUCAUGAUAUCGUGUGUUGUGUUUUUCUUUAAAUAAAUGGCUCCAGCCUGAACACCAGAAGCUAAAUGGAGUGCAGCUGCAUGCAUUUAACUAUUAUAAUAGUAAUGAUCUUUAUUUAUACCGCAUAUUUGUAAUUGGGGAAAUAAAUAAAAACUACCUUUUCUAUA